GUCACUCAUUUGAGACAACAUUCUUUCUCGUUUAUUCUGUAUAGAAUUGUCGAGUAGAAAACAAUACCCUGAGAACAUGAUUUUGAAUAAUAAAAGUGCUUUAGUUACUGGAGCAUCUGGGGCAAUCGGUGGGGCAAUUUGUGAGGAACUUCUUAAAAAUGGAAUUAAGUAUCUUGCUGUUCUUGACAUGAAUUCUCAAGAACCUAAGAUUUUAAAUGAUUGGAAGAAGACCUAUCCCAGUGUCAUCAUAAAGUACUUUCAAGUGGAUGUGACUUCCCGUGAAGAACUGGAAAAGUGUUACAGUGAGUUCACAAAGGCAGUUCCAAGCUUGGAUAUCAUGAUAAACUGUGCCGGAAUCUUCAAUGAAAAGGACCCAACAAGAGUAGUUAAUGUGAAUCUGAAUGGUGUUAUUGAAUCCACUCGUAUUGCUAUCGAUCACAUGAGAAUUGAUACCGGCAAAGGCAAAGGUGGAACCAUCAUAAACAUCUCUUCAUCCGUGGUAAUAAACUUAUACAGUUUUAGUCCGGCGUAUUGUGCUUCAAAAUUCGGUGUUGUAGCCUAUACCCGGGCUCUAGCCCAUGGACGAGAUCAUCUGGGUAUCAAAUUCCUUGUUCUUUGUCCAAGUGGAACAGACUCCGAACUCUUUGAUAGAGUCUUUUCAACUGACUAUCUCUUUUUGACGACUGAAGAAGCUGUGUCAAUGUUUAAGAAACACUUUCCAACUCAAAGUCCAUCCGAAGUGGGACAAGCAGCAGUGGAAAUAAUGCAGAAUGGCAAAAGUGGAAGUGUUUGGACCAUACUUAAUGGAAAAUUAUCCGAAGAACAACUUCCUGGAAUUGUUGUUUGAAUAUUACGAAAUUAUAAAUACUUAUUUCAAAAGUUUUAAUAAAAUUGUCACUAAGAAUGUGAAAA